AGGGAGAAACAUAACGUUAUAAAGCGUGCAUGGAGAUGUGGAGUACAGCAGGAUUAUGACUUAUAUUUAGCGAUAAUGAGAUGCAGACAAGAUGGGGAAAAUCUAGUUGAUGAGCGCAACAGAUUGAUUAGAAGGUUGCGAGAAGAACAGAUGUCCAACAUCAAUCUAAGGAAAGAAGUUAGAGGCAUGGAAAAAGAGAUUGAAACGAUGGGUCAGAAAAACGUUCAGAAAUCAUGCAUCAUUGAUGGCUUACAAGAAGUAGAUGAGAUGAAAAAAUGUACUAGAAUCCUGAACUCGGACAAAAAGAGCUAUUUGCAGAUAGAGGCGAAUGAUACCCGUGAAGAAAUGAUAGCCCAGCUAAGAUGUGAUGUUUCUUUACUCAGAAGCAAAUUGGAAACAGACAAAGAAUUACUAACUAUUUUGAUGCCACAUAAAGAUGAACUUAAGGAUUUACUGGAUACCACAAAGCUGGAAGAACAUCAGAAGAGACAUCUUCAAGAGAUAGUGAUGCAUACUCACAUGAGAAGAAUCAGAAAAUUUCAUUGGGAAUUCGGUCGACUUCUUAUCAGAUGUCAAGAAAAAAGAACAUGGAUAGAAGAAUCUUUUCAGAAACUGAAUUCAACAAGUGCUGCCAAGCACGAAGAAAUUGCAAAAGAUGAAUCAGAAAAUUCGAAGAUAAUCGAUCAGGAAAAUUCUCUUCUUUCAGACUUAAUAAACUCUCAACAUCAAAGGAUAUGUCAAAUAGUGGACGACAUGGUUGAAGACAUCGAAUGGCUGUGUGAACUGCGAUGUGAUCAGUAUUUAAUUAAAGAAUUCAUCCAACUCCUCAGAAAGAAGCAAGAACCAGAGAGUCAUCAAUGCUUGGAUGAAAUGGAAGUUAUGUAA